CAUUUUAAGGUGAACAAAGCGGCGGAGGAGGCGGCAGGGAUGUUCACCAAGAAACCCUAUGACAGCGCCUACGGGCCACCCCCCGCCUCCUACGGGCCACCCACGGGUGACUAUGGCUACGAUUUCGGCGCCCGCUCGCCGCCACCGGGCUCCUACUACAUUGAGGACGUCCCUCAGCAUUUCUACAAGUGGUCGUCACCGCCGGGGCUGGUGCGGCUGCUGGAGGGCGCGGUGAUGCUGUUGUGCAUUGCCGUGUUCGCCUGCGUGGCCUCCACGCUGGCCUGGGACUACGGCUACGGCUACGGCGGCGUGCUGGGCACCGGCCUGGGCGGUUUCUACGGCUCCGGUUACUACGGCAGCGGGGUGAACUACGGCUACGGCUACGGGGGAUACUACGGAGGCGUCACCAACCCGCGGGCGGCCAACGGCUUCAUGAUUGCCAUGGCUGUGCUCUGCUUCCUGGCCCAGCUGGGGCUGUUGGUGGCCAGCUUGAGCAAGUCCAGCAGCUCGCGGUCGCGCCGUUUCUACCUGGUGGUCAUCGUGGUGUGCGCCGUGCUGGCCUUGGUGAUGCUGGUGGCCAGCAUCGUCUAUGUGGUGGGGGUGAACCCGCAGGCACAGAUGAGUGGCGGGGGGUACUACUACAGCCCGCUGCUGGCCAUGUGCAGCCAGGUGUACGCCGGGGGCACCGUGCUCAACCAGUACCUGUACCACUACUGCACUGUGGACCCGCAGGAGGCUGUGGCCAUCGCCUGUGGGUUCCUGACUGUGCUCCUGCUGUGCCUCAUCUGCGUCCUGGCGCACAAAACGCGCAGCAAGAUCUGGAAAUACGGAAAACACAACAUUUACUGGGAUAAAAUCCCUGCCGAGCCCCAGGGACCUGACGUCGAGGAGUGGGUGAAGAACGUGUCGGGCGGGACGAGCGUUCCGGACGAGGCCGCCACCGUCGCGUACUCGGAGAAGGGCGGGACCCCCGGGCCGGCCCCGCCCUACAGCCCCCCCUUGUACAGCGACCCCCUCCAGAAGGGCUGGAAAAGUGACCCCCCCUCGGACCCCCCCUCGCCCUCGGAGGAGCCGGACGCCGCCCAUCCCCCCCACAAGCCCCCCGCCCGCCGCGGCCGCCGGGGCCGGCGCCAGCCCGAGGGCUCCCAGUGCUCCCAGUACGACACCGACCCCGCCACCGCCCCUGAGUCCAGUGACGAGCGUGACAGCGAGCAGUGGCACAGGCUGUACCCCCCAAUCAACUCCCCGGGCACGCGCCAGCGCUACAAGGCGGAUUUCGGGCAGGAGCUGCGGCGCUACAAGGAGCUCUGUGCCCACAUGGACGGGCUCAAUGAGCGCCUGGCACAGCUGGCAGCGCAGCUGGACCAGGUGCCCGAGGACAGCGCCCAGUACCAGGCGCUGGCCGAGGAGUACAACCAUCUCAAGGACGUGAAGAGGAGCCCGGAGUACCAGGACAAGAAGCGGGAAUCCAAAACCCUCCGGAACAAACUCUUCCACAUCAAAAGGAUGGUCAGCGACUACGACAAGCUCCGGGGCUGACCCCAAAGCCACCACCCCCAAAAAAAAGGGACAUUUGUAGGGGGGACGCCCCAAAACCCCACCCUCCGACCCCCUCCAAAGACUUUUGUGCCUUUUUUUGUCUUAAAAAAUUCCAAAAUUUCUCGUUUUGAGCCCUCCCCAGUGCCAAAGGUGGGGGGGGGAUGAUGGCAGCUGUUGGUGUGACCCUGUCUCCACCCCAAGAU